UGAUUUCUGAAGGAAAAAAUAUUGAAAAUGGACUAAUAUUUCAACAUUUAGCAAAUUUCAAUGCUUAUUGUAUGGACAUAUUUGCUUAAUCUACGAGUCAAUAUGAUGGACGUAUGAUGGGUUACAAAAUGGCCUAAAUGUUCUACCAUUGAAGAAGACGGAAUUAUAUAAUUAUGUCUGAUGAGAGAAAUUUUCGGACUUACUAUUAUGACAAAUUUGGAAUUGGUGGAGUGGAGGAGAGGAAAUCAUUAGAGACUCUUCUAAAGGAAAAACCAAUAAGUGUGGAAAAGCUAAGACAGUUUUGUCUGAGAUUUGCAAUGCCAGCAAUGUAUAGACAUUAUGUUUGGAAACUAGUUUUAGAUGUUUUGUGUGCAAAUUCAGACUCUCAUGAAUUUCUGAUGCAGCAACGGAAACAAAAAUACAAUGACUUAAAUCACGCAGUAAAGCUAUUACGAUAUGUUGAUGAAAACACACCUGUAGGUAAAGUCUUCCUCAAAAUGUACCUUGUGGAGUCUGGCCAGAUUAAAUUUGAGCAGUACAAGUACGAUUCAGAGUAUGAGGAUUUUGUUUCAAUAGCAGCAACAAUGGCAAAUAUUUGUGAGGAUCCAACUGAUGCUUACCUCAUUUCCGUUGAAUUUUACAAAAUGUACAAGAAAUCCAAAGAUAGUAAUUCCAAUCUGGUCCAGAAAACAACGCAGAGUCUCAAAACUGAGGAUGGAGAUGGUAAAUUGUUUGACCAUUUCCAGAAACACUGCCUCUGGGAUUCUCUCCCCUUACCAAUGUGGUUUGACAGCUGCUUUGCUGAGGUUCUACCUGAAACAUGCCUUGAGAGGUAAUACAUGUAAUCAAAGUACUCAGAAGUACUGAAAGCCGGACUCAUUUACAAGGUAAUGAACAAAUGCCGUGAUGACAGUUUAAAAACAAGUUUAGACAUUGAGAGGAUAUGUAACACACAAAUAUAUCUGUAUGGCAUAUAUAGUAUUAAAAAGUUUUACAAAUUAAAUAAAAUGUAGCUAGAAUUUAACAGCGUAAAAUAUUUAUCACACGUAUAGUUUCGGGGUUAAGUAAAAAUCAACACUGAUGCAGCAAGGUUAACUAAGGUCAAACGAUUAUGCACAGAUGUGUCCUCAGCGGGGACUUUUGCAUCAAAAUGUACAUCAAGUCAUUAAUGAUGUUCCCAGCAUUUGUGUUAGCCUGAUAGUACAACCUUUAUUUAUAGAAUAUGACGCAGACAGGGAUAUCUUAUGAAAACCUUUUGCAUAUUUUAAACAAAUAA